AUGGUCUCGCCAGCUACACCCUAUGUACGACCACCAUCGAGUUCAAGUGCGCUAUCAAAGAAACAAGCGCAGGGGCCUCGUCGCCCGCCACCACUCAACCUCAAUCCCGCAAAGAAAGUCUUUAAUUCGCAAUCCACAAUCAAAGCCGUUCGUGGUAGCGUGUGUUGGUCCGACGAGGGCACUGAAGUUCCCCUGAUAAUGGAACGGGGAGUCGGUUCUAAUAGGUCCACACCAGGCCAUUCCAGUGCUAAAGCCUCAGGAAUCCUGGGUGCGAGACCCCAUGAGUUGACCGACAUGGUACUCACCAGGAAUCUCAGUGUGGGGGAAGAGGAUGAUUUCGACCGUCGCCCUGUAUCCCCUCAAAGAUCUCUUCGCACUAUUAUUGAUCUGGACUCGCCACUGGGGUCCGAUGAAGAAUCCGACAUCUCUCCCAUCUCUGAAGAUCGACCUCUCGCCAACUCAAGUAAAGUGCUGGCCCGCUUUUUCCCUGAGUUAACAGGUAACUUUGCUGUGAUGCCGCCCGAUGGAGUCGAACCGAAGCCCAAGUUUAGGAAAGGUCGUCUACGUAUUGAAGAUGAAAUUGGGGAACGAGUUCAGUCUCUUUACCAGAACUCCACGCACAAUACCAGUCAACGAGCACUACGGGUCGAUCAUCACGCUGGAACUGAGACAGAAACAACCAUUUCAUCCGAUCAUGAGCGACAAAGUUCAACAACCAGCCUUGAAGACGGGAGGAAAGACAACUGGAAAAUGGACAGCCUGUCUAAAGGGUCUCCCCCAACAGGCUUUGAUGAUGAGGCCUCGGUACAUUCGGUUGGAAUCGCUACACAAGUUCAAGUUCCCACGAACCGAAUGUCCGCCAAACCCACGCCAACUCGUUAUGACUCCAAUUCUUCCAAGAUCUCCAAGGCUUCAAUACAAGAUUUGCGAUACAAACCAUUACCACGUGCGCCCGUGAUGGAGCCCGAUAUGCCUGAAUCGUAUUUAAAACCGAUCUCAUCGCGCGGACAUUCCGCUUCCAACUGUGCUGACUGCAUGGCUCACCGUCCCCACGUACCCCACUCUGUCUACGCGACGACCCGCCAUAACCAGUCAUCACGGUGUCAAUCUUGCGGGAGACAUGGUCAGUCUCCGAAUCAUCGCGAACGUGCUAACCGAUCCGAUCACAAACAUCAACAUCACGUUGAAAGAAAUGGUUCAACAUGGAAACACGCUACGGAUGAGUUGGAGAUUACAUAUAUUAAUGAUGGAAAGUCAGGUAGACGAGUUUUGGUACUGGAUGGUCCCCUCCAAAUCAGUCGCAAUAACCAUGGUGACUUGGUCGCGGCGCGGCCCGCCCCCCUGCCUCCUACCACGAAACCUUACUCUGAAUCACCAGCAUCCUUGGAAUUGCUAAGGAAAGAGGCUCGUCGGAUGGGAAGUAGUACUUCUCUGCGAGAAAGUGUGACCAAGAAGAAGGGUCACAAGUAUACCCGAUCGAAGGACUCAAAUGAGUCUAUACGGGACGGUAAACCAUCCAAGUCCAAGGAUGAAUCAAAGGGCGGUCGAUGGAGCGGAGGAAAUUCCAAAUCCAACGAUAGCUCGAAGGGUAGCGAUCUGCAAAAGCUGAAAAAGUCAUUUUCCAUCGCCAGGCCCACAUUCCACCGAAGUAAACCCAACACGCGGACGGAUCAGCGCCGCUUCAGCAGGUUGAGUACGUUGAGCUCACGGUCGGAUACGGCAGUGGACCCACAGGCGGAUCAGACUAAUUCUGACGAGGAGACGCGACGUUUGUCACGACAUUUGUCCUUGUCGCAUCCCAACCUUGAGGUGGUUCCGAUCGAGGACGAUGAUUCGGGUUCUAACAAGCGCGAGGAUCUCCUGCUUCAAUUGCCUCGUCUGCAAACCGACAACUUAAGCUUCAAACAUCUGCUCGAGCAGUUUGCGCCCGGUUACCAAUCUUCUCCCCUGACCAACCCGACGAGUAUUUCUAAACCAAACCAAGAAGACACGAGAGAUGCGAAGGAAGUCUUUAUCACCAAAUUGUCUACGCCUCAAGCCCAAAUACAACCGAACGAUGACAAAAUAGUUGUUGAAACUCCGUUGAUGUACCCGCCUCAGACUAUGCGACCAUCGCAAAAAAUGCGCCAGUCGACAGCAUUCGUCUCUACCUCCAAGGCCAGUAGUGUCUACCUUCGAAACGAAUUAGUCUACGAACUUGCCGCAGGACCACCCCUCCCCAGCUGUGCAAAUGCCUCCACCGCUACCGAUGUCACACGCCAAUGGCAAAAAUAA